AUGAUACUUGCCCAAAGGUUUCUCAAUGAGAGGGUGAUCUCAGUUAUAGUUGCUCUCUGGGGUCUUUGCCAGAUUCUUACCACGACAUACACAAACUAUCGUGGCUUGUACGCCCAGGGGUUUUGUCUCGGACUGUUGGAGAGCGGUAUUAGUCCGAUGUUGAUGCUUAUUGUCGGAAGUUGGUAUAAGAAGGAUGAGCAAGCCUCAAGUAUGGGUAUUUGGUAUAAUUGUACAGGCUACGUCGCCAUUUUCUCUCCCUUGAUCAAUUGCGGCUUUGGCAAACUUGGCAGUAUCAUGCCGUCGUGGCGGCAUAUCUUUUACAUUAUCAGCGCCAUUACUAUUAUUCAGGGACUUCUGCUAUUUAUUAUCCCCCCCCCGAACCCUAUUAGACCGAAGGGUUUCAGUGAAAGAGAGCAACAUAUUUCAGUCGCCCGGCUUCGAAGCAACAACUCUGGUGUCCAUAACACUCAUUCCAAGAUGGAGCGGGUAAGUGAGCUCGGCCUGGACCCCAGAUUCUGGCUUGCGUAUGCAUUUACAUUUCUCUGCAUCAUUGCGAAUGGGCCCAUAUCAACGUUCGUUCCCAUAAUCAUUAAUGAUUUCGGAUUCAGCACCCUCAACUCACUCCUGCUCACCAUGCCAGUCGCGGGCGUUCUCGGCCUCGUUUAUCGCUUUGUUUGCACCUGGCAAAACAACAAGCGAGACAAGGCCGGGAUUGUGGAGGGUUACGAUCACGCUUACAAGGAUGAUCUCACAGAUUUGAAGUUGCAAAGAGUCUCCAACUUCGAACGUGAUGUCUCUUCAUCCAAUGACUUGGCGUUUGCGUUUGAGCUAUUCUCCGCCUCUAGAGCCUGCCUUUUGGUUCUAUACGAAAUUGCAUCUACUGAAGCGAUCUCACUCGAAUAG